GGCAAUUAUCAGUCUACUACUUUGCUCUGACUUUGGACCCCGCAGCCUGUCUGCCCUAUUACGCAAAAACAUAUGAUGGUCUCUCAGAUUAAGUCCAAGGACGUCCCUCCUUUGGGCCUCCCCAAAGGAUCCGAGUCGUGUCAAAUUUCAAUAAUCAACACAACAUGCGAUAUUACCGUCCCCCCAUCACUCUUGGUCGAACCAGCAAUAGAAGGCCAUGACUGGAUGAACCUCCCGACAUACUCAUUUCUCAUCAAGCAUGAAAGGAGCGGAAAACAGAUCCUCUUCGACCUCGGGGCGCGUACAGAUUGGUACAAUCACUGCCCCAGUGUCUCAGACAUUCUGAAAUGUCAUGUCCCCGGAUUGAAAGUUGAAAGGAAUGUGGCGGAUAUUAUUCGUGAAGGUGGUGUCUAUAUCAAGGAUAUUGACGUGCUCGUCCUAAGUCAUUGGCAUUUUGACCAUUGUGGAGACAUAGCCGUCCUACCUCAAACAGUUGAUUUGGUUGUUGGGCCUGGUUUCAAAGGUGCAUUUCUACCGGGUUGGCCAUCGAAGAGCACAUCGCCUUUCGCAGAAGAGGUUUUCCUAGGGCGGCAAAUUAUCGAAGUGCCAUUCACCAGCAAUUUCAAGAUUGGGCGCUUCGAAGCACAUGAUUUCUUCCAGGACGGCAGUUUUUAUAUCCUCAACACACCUGGCCACGCGAUCGGGCAUAUUUCAGCUCUUGUGCGAACCACUGCGGAUACAUUUAUCUUUCUGGGCGGUGAUGUGUGCCAUUUUGGUGGCAGCUAUAGACCAACCAAGUACGUACCGCUUCCUGACCAGAUCCCGGAAGAGACAAUACUCGACCCGCAUAUUGCGCGACCCUGUCCUUGCCACGCCUUCACAUCCUGCCACCCAGACCAAGAAAACAGCCGCACCAGCUCUUUCUACAAAGUGGCUACGGGAGCCUCAACUUGGUAUGCGGAUCCAGCUUUGGCACAGCAGUCGAUUGGAGCCAUGGAGGAGUUUGACGCGGAUCCGAAUGUUCUAGUUGCUAUAGCACAUGAUCCUACCUCCUUGGAUGUAUUUACGUUUUUCCCGAACGGUACGAUGAAUGCUUGGCAGAAGGAAGGUUGGAAGGAAGCUUUACAUUGGGGAUUUUUAAAUGAACUACCGUACGAGGGAAGGACUUCACGGCCUCACUUAGUCGAUGGCUUGUAUAAGGAUGGGAAAAAAGUCAAAGAUCUUAAGGCCUAAAAGUAGUUAGCUAGUAGUAAUAUAAGAGUUCUAGUAAGGAAAAGUGGAAAGGUAUUCUACGGUAUUUUAGAGCGUUUAGUCCUUAAUAAAGAGGUUACACGCCUGCGGCGCGCACGGAAAGCGCAGCAUAAUAGCUAGAUGUAAGGUGACGAAUCACCUACAAGUAUAUG